CAGACCACGCGCGUUAGCGUCAUCACAUUUUCCGCCCCUUUUUAGCCUUCGGACCAUUCAUAACGUCAUCUGCCUGUAGAAAGUUGUUGGACUAGAGCCUACCGACGUCUCUCGUGUAGGUGUGGUUUGAUCUUCAACGCCUCCACACGCACGCAAGCUGCGAUUUGGGGAGAUAUCGUCGACAUCUAUAGCAAAGCGGCUGUUGGUGAACUCGGGUGAAAGGUCACAGUCGCAUAGGUCAACAUGUGGACGACCAUUCUCCUUAUAGUCAUAUUCCAACUUCAUAUGGCUCUAACACAACUUCCUAUUAGAGAAGAUGGAAGGGGAGGAAGCAGCAGCAGCAGCAGUAGUAGUGGAGGUUGCCGGCAUCACGAUUGCAGUGAAGAAAAACCUCAUCCUGUUUGCGGUACCGAUGGAAGAACUUAUGAUUCCAUGUGCCAUUUGAAUAAAGCGAAAUGUGAAGGACGUCAAGUUGAUUUUAAAUACAGGGGUUCGUGCUUAGAAAACGAAAAUUGUUUUGCUAAAAGGGCGCAGAUAGAAUUACAAGGAGAGACGACAAUAUUUAAACCGGAAUGUAAAGAGGAUGGAAGUUAUAAAGAAGUGCAAUGUUUUAAGGGUUAUUGUUGGUGUGUGGAUUCAUUUGGCAAGCCAAUUCGUAGUGCAUCUGCGAGGAACACACGCCCACAUUGUUUUAGAAGACCUAAAAUACAACCGAGAAGAAGAUCUUCGAGGGGUAAAAAAGAGAAAAAAGCUUGUGGGAAUAGCGACAGAGCGACAAUGAAUACUAACUUAAUAGAAAUAUUCCGUUCAGAAUACAAUAGAUUCCCCCAACCUACGGAUACAAAUACAAAGGAUAUCCUACUAGACACUGAACAGAAGAGGAUCAUACAGUGGAAGUUCGGUCAACUAGAUUUAGAUAAUGAUAAUUAUCUUAAACAAGAUGAAGUACGUGAUUUAAAAAGGAUGGUUAAGAAAAUUGUUAAACCGAAACCGUGUUCUAGAAUUUUAAUUAAAUACUGUGACGAAGAUAAAGAUAAAACAAUAUCUAGAACCGAAUGGUCUUCUUGCCUUGGUGUGGAUCUUAAUAUCUCUUUACGAUUAUUUAUGUCCUUGUACUCAGAGGAACAGACAGAGAAUCCUGAGGAAGAAGAAACAUCGCAAGAUCCAGACAGGCAAUUAAAUUGGGAUCGUAUGAACACCAAUGUCAUUCAGAAUACGUUUGUGAGCGACGAUGAUGAACCACAAGACUGCCCGACGAGAAGAAGAAAGAGGAUAGAAAUUAACCGGCAACAUCCAAAAACUGGUGCUUUUGUACCGGAAUGUACCGAUAAUGGAUUAUACUUACAGACCCAAUGCCAUAAGAAAAAGACAAAUGUGGUCUGUUGGUGCGUUAAUCCAAGAACUGGUGAACCAAUUCCUUCCAUACCUGCAAUGAAAGAGAGAUCCGAUUGUGAAUCUGUUCGAAAGAAUGUAAGAUCAUUUAAAGGUAAAGGUUGUUCGGUACAAAAGAAACAAUUGUUUUUAAAUGAAUUUCUGAAAUCUCUUCAGGAAGAAAUGUCAUCCAGUAAGAAAGAAAAGAGUUCAAGAACAUAUUCAACGAUUCAGGAACAAGCAGCCAGAUGGAAAUUCGACAACCUUGAUGUCAAUAAUAAUAAGCUAUUAGAAAAAAGAGAGUGGGAUAUAUUCCGCGAACAAUGGAAACAAUUUCAACAAGGGAAUCAGAAGAGGAGAAAAUUCAAAAAAUGUUGGAGAAAUUUACCGAAAUUCUGCGAUGGAGAUAACAACAAAGAAGUCACAACACAAGAAUGGCUUAAAUGCGUAGGAAUAGAUAAAACUAAUUUCCCAUUCGACACCGUCAAACGAAAUGGUACUAACCCAUUAAGUCUGUUACAACACGACGACGAUUGAAGAGAAUUCGAGUUUAGUGUGGAAAAAAGAACAAUAAAAA